AUGCCAAGCGAUUAUCCACUCUACGACUCGCGCAACUCAUCACACGAGGCUUUCCGUCGAAAGGUGGUGAGGAAAAUUGAUCUGUACACGAUUCCUUGUGUUGUGUCCUUGUACCUCGCAUGCUUCGUUGACAGAUCCAACAUUGGAAAUGCCAAACACCGUCAGCUAUGUGAUGGUGAAAAUCCCAUCAAAUCACAUUUUGCGCAAGGUGGGGGCGAAGACCUGGUUGCCAUUUUUGGUUUUUUGUUGGGUUGCUGUGAGGAUGCUCUUGGAACGCCUGGAAAAUUACACGCGGAAGAGGGUAUCUUGACUAUUCUUGUGGCCGCUGUUGUCUGGUUUUUCCUAUCCUCAAGUCUGGAAACGGCCCCUUAUCUGAACUCAACGGAGCGCGAAUUUGCAGUCAUGAGACUUCGAAGAUUCGAAGACCACCUCGAUAACACAGGAGUUAAGCUCAAAUCAACAGGAAAGAAGUCCGAAGAUCAAACAGUCGAAACAGAGGCUUCUUAUGAAACUGAAGGAGGAAGCCCUGGUCCCGAGGCAUUCGAGUGGAUCGAAGUCCGAAGGGCUUUUUCUGACCCGCAAGUUUGGCUAAUUGGUCUUAGUGACAUAUCUUUCUCCAUUCCGUUGGCUGGGUUAUCCUUCUUCUUACCGACGUGGUCUGCUUUACUCGCAGAUAGAUGGGGAAUCCGUGGACCCAUUGUUCUCGCGUGCGUGCCUGUAGGCAUCAUUGGAUGUAAGCACCAGUUUUCUGCUACAGUGAAGAAUGAGCGCUUCCGAUUUUCUCAAAAAGAUCUUUAUUCUUCUAUCUCGUCGGAUUUCAAAGACUCGCUGUUGAUAUUCUCAAACGGCACUACAACACGUUACGCAGCAUUUUUUCUUAUUUUUUCAGGACUGUUUCCAGUUAUACCCUGCAUUGCGUGCAUCAUUCCAAUCAAUACUUCUGGUGCCACUAAACGGGCCACAUGUGUUGGGAUUCAAGGAAUGAUCCAGGGCAUGGCAUUAUUGAUAGGCCCGUUCAUCUACAUAAAGGGUGAUCCUGUAGAGAAAGGACACAAAAUCUCGCUUGCCCUUAUCUGUACCACGUGGCUUUUUACUGCAGCUAAUGUGUUAUACUGCCAAUUUGAAAACUCAAGAAAAUCUAGCGGUCGAAGAGAUCAUCUAUUGGAGCAGUAUCGCGAGAAAUUUCGCGCAGGGGAGACUCGUGCACCAAUUGGGGAUCGCCAUCCAAAAUUCCGCUUCACACUUUGA